AUGCUUGCGACUAUAAUUGUUAUUUUAUUUGUUCUCUAUAUGGCUAGAAAGAUCUUUACAUCAAUGUUGUCUGCUGACCCGAUUGGAGCUGAAGAACAGGAUGAGGCUAUUAUUGCUGGCAAGUUUACUCCAGAAAAAUUACAGAAGUAUAAUGGAUCAGAUCAUCCCAAGAUCUUUAUUGCUGUGCGUGGAAAGAUUUAUGAUGUUACCCAGGGAUCUGCUUUUUAUGGUCCUGGUGGUCCGUAUGAGAACUUUGCUGGCCGAGACGCUUCUCGUGGUUUAGCGAAGAAUUCUUUUGAAAUGGAAUACUUAACCCCAAUCGAUGCGCCCAUUGAUUCUUUGAAUGAUUUAUCUGAAUUAGAAAUAGAAUCUUUGGAUGGUUGGGAGCAGCACUUUGAAAAUAAGUACGGAAUUGUUGGUACCUUACAUAACGAAUUGCCUUAA